AUGUCGAAAUUCGGUAAUAUCAAGUCGGAUACUGAUCCUGACACAGUAACGGUUCUACAUCGUCGUGGUCCAGUGCAAAAGACUUUGCGCACUACCGCGGAACUAAAUGCAGCACAACGAAAAGGAAUAGCUAUUGAAACAUCAAAGAAAUUUCUCGCAGGUGGCAAUAAACAACACCAAGCAAAUAAAAAUACUGCGAGAUUAUAUGAAGAGACCGAGGAGUUACAUCAUCAGCGUGUUCCUUUGACGCUUGGUAAAGUCAUACAAAAAGCUAGACAAGCGAAGGAUUGGACCCAAAAAGAUCUUGCCACCCAUAUUAACGAGAAGCCACAAGUUGUAGCAGAAUAUGAGAAUGGUAAAGCUGUCCCUAAUCAACAGGUUCUGACGAAGAUGGAGCGAGCGCUAGGUGUAAAGCUUCGUGGUAAAGAAAUUGGUCAACCGUUGGCUAAAAAGCAUGAUUCCAACGUGAAAAAAGUAGUUACUGCAACUAAUAAUUGA